AUGAUACCCAACAUAACCCAUCCCCUACCCUCUUACAUUUGCUAUACAGCCAGCAACUUUUCCGUCCGAAAUGCUCUUCUGUCUUUAGUGGCAGGUUGCAUCGUCAGGCUGGUACUCUGCCGCUGGUGGGCAUCAUACGGUUCCAAGACGCAGAUAGACCCCAAUGUUCCUGGCCCUAGUACUCUCCAAUGCUUAUGGGCCAACAUCCAAGAAGUCACCCGCCACGCGCUAGGCGACAAGCAUGUCGCUUGGUCCGCUCAGUUCGGCAACAGUUACCAGUACCGGACCCUCCUCGGCCAGAAUCGGAUCGAAACCUCAGACUUAAAGGCGGUAGCCUUCGUACUCGGGUACGAGCUCACCCUGGCGGAGGACACGGACCAUAAGAGGCAACAACGUAUCCUCGGUCCAUUCUUAACCCGGCCGGAAUCCCUCGCCAAUCUUCUCCCGAUCUGCUACGAUACAGCGCAGCAGAUGCGGGACAUGAUGCGAGACUCGGCGGGUCCGAUCAACAUCGACGACUUCACUGGGCGCUGUACUAUGGACAUAAUCCGGGCAUUUGGCGACCUCACCAUGACGACGCAAAGCGUCAGCUUUAGAGCCGCCAUCUGGCGUCUGCUACCGCGCUGGUUCGGUAAAACCCUGAAGCCAACAAAGGUCUCGUUCUGGCAGACCAACGCCACGAUGAACAAGUUAAGCAAGGAGCUGUUAGCGGAGAGGACUCAUGCUCUCGAGCCAGCGGAUGGAUCCGACCAUUUUGAGGACUUGCUCGCCAGUUGCAUGAAAGCUAAUAAGCGUCUUAAACCUGGAGACAAGGAUAGACUUACCGAUAAAGAGUUAUUAAACCAAGUCACUAAAUUUAUGCUUUCUGGGAGCGACACCAUCGCGACCACUAUAACCUGGUCCCUAUAUCAUCUUGCUCAAUACAGCGAUAUACAACAGCGCCUCCGACAGGAAUGUCUCUCUCUGAAUGAUGAGCGACCCUCCCUCAACGCGAUCGACGCACUUCCCUUCUUGGAGGCUGUGGUGCAUGAGAUCCUGCGGCUGAUUCCGCCUGUUCGAGCGGUCAGCCGAGGAGCAGCGGAUGAUAUCAGCGUCCCCCUCGCAGAGCCGAUCAAGGGAAGGGAUGGCAACAUGAUUUAUGAGCUUGAUGUGGCGAAGGGGACUUCCUUCUUCAUACACAGACCAUCAUCAAGGGACUAUGCUGUUAAGACAGCGGUUGACAGAAUCAACACGUCCGAGCAAAUAUGGGGUCCCGAUGCGAAAGCGUUCAACCCCGCUCGCCAUCUCAACUCCUCAUCUUCAGGCGACCGCCCCGCCGACGACAGCAAUGUCCAUGGACGCUGGGGUAACAUCCUCACCUUCCUCGGUGGCGCCAGAAGCUGCAUCGGCUAUCGGCUCGCCCUCCUUGAGAUCAAAGCGAUCUUGUUCGUCUUGAUCCUGGACUUGGAGUUCGCCGAACUGGCGGACAUGCCGCACAUAGAGAUGGCAGCUGGGUGA